GCAUCAAAACGCAAAAAAGCCACAUCUGGAUUGUAAUGAAGUAUUUCGAGAAACAAGCGUGGCCGUUGACUUGUUCCACAACGCCAUAUUGUGGGGCUCACCAUGUUUGUGCUGAGAGCAAAACGACACGGUUUGCAACAGCGUUGUACCGUGUUAAGCUGGACUUCUCAAAAGUGGAGGAGACUCAUGUAUCUUGGGAGGAGCUAUCAGCUCUUCGACAUGAUAGCGGAAUGAUUUGCGUUGGAUAUUCAAGCACCGGAGACUGGGAGGCGCUAGCUUUAUUGAAUACAACGAGAAUCCGCGAACAAAACCAACCAAAUACGGCGCAAACUUCUUCAUCGCAUGCCCUGAACCACGAACGAACGACCUCCCACACCACAUUGGAUGACUCGACAACAAUUGGUUCCACCACAGCUCGCGCCAGUGCACAUCAGCGAACUACAUCUUCUGAAUCGAUAGUUUCAAACGUUAACAACUCCCUUUUAGCAAACGAAUCAAAUUCACUCUUGCCAGAGAUUGAAUUGGCUUCUGCCACAGCUCCUGCCUCGACAUCAACUGACAGGCAUUGCCGCCAAUCCUCUAACCCCAUAAGUGCACAACUUCUUCUUCUCUACAAGGACUCCAUUUUUGCGUCAAGAAUGCUGGAUUUUCGCCCCCUUACUCCCAAAAUGGCUUGCUUUACUUCUUUGCAAGGGAACGAAGUGUCGGGCAUUUUUAUGGGUAGCUCGGAUCAUUCCAAAUUGUAUUGGUUUACUUCAGAGCCAACAAUUGAGAGCGAUCGUUCGAAACAGCUACUAAGUGAGGUCCCGCUAACACAUCCAGCUUUUGCGGUGUCGUCAUGUGUGAUGGGGUUGGAUUUUUGGUUCUCCCAGAAUACGAACGCCGUCUUCUUGGCAUUGACUUGCCAGGAUGGCACAAUUGCUUACGUAAAUUUUCAGUACGACGAGUCAAAACUGCCCUCGAACGAUCCCUUUGUGGUAAUAUCACAGGAGAAUGUUAUUGUGGAUGGUCCAGUGACUUCUGUUCAAUUAUACACCCAAGACAGUACAGUGCGAGUAACGGCAGGUUCGCUUUGUGGCUACGCCACAGAAUUGAUUUUUUCAGAGGACCCAUCUAGCUGGGAAGGACCUUUUAUGGUCGCACAGGGAUUUACGAAUGGCGUGGGCGAUGAAGACUCUGUUCUGGUCGUACAUGCGUGUGAUGCUUUUGUCUGCUUGGGCCUCUUAUCGGGGAGGUUCCUUUUGUAUGCAAAAAACGAAGGCCACUACCGAUGGCAGUGGGAAGUUCAGCUUCCGUAUUCUAUUCACGGGAUUUGUGUACUUCCGAUGAUGGACGGUGAUGCUUUGCCAAUGAUUCUUGUGACAACACGGCGGUCACUUCAUUUGUUCGCAUCGCAAGCCAACGUAAGUGGAAUGUCUACGAAGCUAGGCUAUAAUGCCGAAAUCGCUCGAGCUAGACUUUCAAAGAUGGCACAGAUACUCCAGGAGCGAUGAACGGCCACAACUUCCUCGUAAGAAUGUGAUCAUGAGCAUGGGGAAGCUUCUCGCCAGAACGCAGGGGCCGAGGCCGGAAAGUGAAGAAAAAAUGAAAAUAGAUAUACAGUAGAAACUAC